GGCAGGCAAAGGGCGGGCCCAUGCAAAUCACAGUGCUUGACUUUAAAAAAAAAAACCACGCCCAUACAGGUCUGGGAAGGGAAGGCAAAGGUGGGAAUCCCGCCCUGGUGAGGAACCACCACCGAAACUUUCCCAUUGCUUCUCUCCGGCUUCGGGGCAGCUGAGGGAUGCCGUCCCGCGGAAAGAGACACUCCCGCCGCGCGUGGAAAGCCCCCACCGACCCACUUUAGGCCCCGGCCUCCCAUUCUCAGGGACUCUGAAAGCUUGCUGUUAAAAAAAAAAGAAAGAACCGGUCGUCGUUGCCUCCUAAAGCAUUCUUUGCUUCAAGGGAGCCAAGUUGGGCAAAGGAGAGGCGCCUCUUCGUCCUCCUCCGCCGAGGAUGCCUCCGCAGGAGCUGCUGGAUUACUCGCCCACUUUGCGGCGGAGGAGGAAGCGGUGCAGCAGCAGCCCGAGCCGGGGCUCCGAGCUGGGCGUCAAGUGCGUCCUCCUGGGCGACGGGGCGGUGGGCAAAACCAGCCUCAUCGUCAGCUACACCACCAACGGGUACCCCGACCAGUACCAGCCUACCGCCUUGGACACCUUCUCAGUUCAGGUCCUAGUAGAUGGUGCUCCCGUCCGUAUCCAAUUGUGGGAUACAGCAGGACAGGAAGAUUUUGAUUGCUUGCGCUCCCUCUGUUACCCGGACACUGAUGUCUUCCUGGUCUGCUUCAGUGUUGUCAACCCCACAUCCUUCCAGAACAUUACAGAGAAAUGGAUUCCCGAAAUUCGAACUCACAACCCCCAGACCCCAGUGGUGUUGGUUGGGACACAGGCUGACUUAAGGGAUGACGUCAAUGUGCUGAUCAGUCUGGAUCGCUACCAUGUAAAGCCAGUGCCACGAACUCAGGCAGAAGGCCUGGCUGAAAAGAUCCGGGCUCAGACUUAUGUCGAGUGCUCUGCCCUGACUCAGAAGAACUUGAAGGAGGUUUUUGACACAGCAAUUGUCAGUGCUGUGGAGCACAAGGCCCAGCAGGAAAAGAAGAUGACUGCCAAGGGAAUUAAGACCCUCUCCAAAUGUCGAUGGAAGAAAUUCUUCUGCUUUGUCUGAAACUGGUUUGGCCUGGAAGCCAGGCAUGGACUUAUGGACUUCCACUUCUCUCUCAGAGGUGAAGUGAUUGACUAACAGCUCCAACAAGGAGAUUAUUGUAGGUCCAGGUGACCUGGAGUAUCAUCUCUUACCCGGUUAACAUAGGAUUUGCCUGGAAGAUAGCAAGUAGACUUGUGUAGCAUUGAGUUAUUUAACCAAGUGGGAUGGUUUGUUCAGGGCUAAAGACAUUUUGCUGCCUGAGGCAGAAAAGACAGUGCUGUCCCAACUCAACAUAUAGAACUUACUUGGUCUAGCAGCUGAAUCAUCAGUAGGAGAUCUUUCCCAUCAGGCCUGAGAAACAGAGACAAGUUUAAGAGGUACAGUGCUGAUCAACUUCCAAAGAAACAGUAAAAGGUUCCUGCUGCUGCCAAAGCUGCACCUGAGAUAAGAGCCGGAACAAUUGCUUCAACUGAUGUGGUCUGACAUUAUUUUAGAUACUCAGGGCAACUUGGUCAUUUUCAAGACACAGUUAAGGGUAGACAGAGUUCCCCACAGCAACUAGAAUGCCAAAGUGAAAUGUGAUGGUGUAAUCUCAAAAAGGGGGAAGCAUGUGAUGAAAGAAUAGAAAGUAGAGAGCGAGAGAAAGAGAAAUUGGAAAUCUUUGGAAUUACUUCUUCUACAGUCAUGCUAGCUGAGGGAUUCUGGGAGAUGUUAUCUGAGAAAAAACUUUACCAAGGUCUGAAAUGGAAAAAAAGAAGGAAGGAGAUCUUAAAGAGGUUGAAAGAGAGAAGCAGAGCGAUGUUGGGAGGGAGAGCGAAUUGUUUUGGAGUUUGUGGAAUGCUGGCAGGCAAUUUUUAAUGACUAGAAAUGCUUAAUGACCUAAUCAAUUGAUUGUUACCCAUAUCUCAUAUUCAAAUGAAGGAAGCCAACUUGGGAUUAAGUAAAUGCAAUUGCUAUGGAAAUAAAAUGUUUCAUGUGUUAUAUAAAAUGCACGGAAAGACUGCAUUUAUCCUUGUGUGAGAGCCAUGUAUCCAGGAACCGAAGAUUUGUGUACUACAACCAUUAGGUAAAUAUCACAAAAAAGCACAGGUCCCACACAUGGAUCAAGAGGGAGCACUUGACUCUUAAUGCAAGCCAAAGCCGCCUAUAAGAGACAAGGACGGUUAUAAUUUUUCAUUCUGUGCUAACAACAGCAUUGUUGUUGGAAGGAACAACAUUGUUUUAAAAAUGCAUAUACUGUAUUACUCUAUUUUUGUGUCUUGAGCUCGGUUACAACUUUAUUCCAAAACAUGCAAAUAAGGUAAGAAGAAAAUGUGGGACCACAUGCAAAAUUUCCCACAAGAUCCCAUUCCCAACUUUCAGCAUAGGGAUUAAUGUGAAGGUUUGAAUCAGUAAGUCUUAGCUAGGGAGGUUCCAGGUAUUGUUGGACUUAAGGUUUCAUAAUCAUAAUAAAAUAAUAAACUUUAUUUAUACCCCGCCACCAUCUCCCCAAAGGGACUCGAGGUGGCUCACAGAAGCACUACCGAGCAUAAAAUAAACAAUGCACAGACUAUAUGUCGCUAUAGGCCAUGCUGGCUGGGACUUCUAUGAUGUUGCACUUGACAACAUAUGGAACUCUCCCGCCUUCAUUCAUAAACUCUGAGGGAGAUUUUAAAAGCAACCAGCUGAAUACUCUUAGUUGGUUUCUUACUAUCUGCAGCCUUUUUCUUGUGGUUUUUGAUCAAAUGCAUUAAUUUGGAGACACUCAGAAAAUUCUUUUAGAUCAAUGGUUCCCAACUUUUGGCUUCCAGGUGUUUUGGAUUGUAAGCCCCACCGAGACUGGCCAAUUCUCAAAAAUUAUGGCAUUUGACAGUUCAAAAUAUCAGGAGGAAUAAGAGCUGAGAAAUGCUUUUUUACAUCUUCAUACUGAACAUGCAAAGGUGGCUAGAUUAGGAAGUAGCAUGUACUUGAAAAUGCUAGUGUCAGAACUGGCAUCCACAUGUUACUCUGAUAUGUUUGGUGUCAUGCAUACAGAAGACUUAUGUCUCUUGUAAUUUUAAAACUGAACCUGUAAGUAGGAAUAAAAUAUGAUCCCAGUAUCUAUGAGGCAAAAGUUCCAAGAUACCACCAUCACCACUCUUUGGAUCCCUGAAACUGGGGAUAAUAGUGAACUCUAUAGUUUGACUCAACUUGGGCUAUAGGCAUAUUAUAGAAUCACACCAAAAACCUAGAGGCAUCCACAAGCACUUCUUAGAGUGAUGGAAUACCUUUGAAGCAUAAGUAAGUAAAACCAUGGGUAUCGGAUCCAUGGAUAAAGGGGUAAUACGGUAUUUCAAGAUUUGUUACUUAAGACUGAUAGCUUAUGUCAACAUAAACUCGAAUGCCUUUUUUAAAAACACACACACACAUUGCAUGGGAAGAGUUACUUAGUACUUCCUUGUGCAACACCUUUGCCCCAGGUAAUUCCUUGGUAGAGUUCCACCGUCCUGUCCAGUGACUGACCACAGAGAUGUGCCUGAAUGCUGUCCAGCUACUCUUGUGCAUGUGGAAAGAAGCCACAUCCUUCCCUCUUAACUGCUUAUCCCUCUCCUGGUGUGCAAGAACAAUCAGAUAGUGCCCAAGUUCACCUCUACAUCCGGUUAGAGACCAGGAAUUUAGAGAUGUACCCAAAAACCUCCGAGACAUUAUACAUCCAGAGAAGAAAGGACUGCUUCUAUUUCCCCAAGUGCCAUCACAACUACACUAUUGGAAAAUUCAGCUUCUGCUAGGUUUCAGAAAGUAUAAACAACCAGCUAAAAUGUGAGCAAAUUUGCUAUUUAAAUUUAUGCAAAGCACUGUGUAUUGUUCUUGGGGCCACUUCACAUAUGAUGACAGAAACACGAUUUCCGUGGAGGAAAUCACACCCAAAUUAGAUAUUGAUUGGCACAUGUGAUAAUUAUCAGUGUCUUUUCUGCCACACAUACAAGUUUUGGAAACUGAGCCAUGAUAUCCAAGCCUUUGUGUGCAAUGAUAAGCACACAGUUUUCUGGUUGAAAGCAUCAUGUGGUUGAAGCAUUGUUCUCCAAGUUGCACAGCACAGUUUAUCUGUAACAUUUUGGGGGUGGGGAGCGCUAUUGCGUGGUGGGUCUAUAUGCAUUUCCAUGUUCUAAAAUAGGAGUGAACAUGAUUUGGGGAUGAAAUCUCAAAGGCUGUGCCAACAGCAGAAUUAUACUGCAUCCACCACAUUUCUUUCUUCUGGUCCUAAGGGAUUUAUGGGUGAUAUCCAUUCAUUGUAGCAUUGUGUAGAUGUCAAUAUGGUUUUUCCUGGAAAAUAGUACCUCACUCUAUCCUCCAGUGUCCUAAAGACCAUGUAUUUUAACCUGUUCAAUAAAUGAAUAAAGAUGUUUUAUUUG